ACAGUACAGGGAUGACCAGAGACUGCGGACAGUACAGGGAUGACCAGAGACUGCGGACACAGUACAGGGAUGACCAGAGACUGCAGACACAGUACAGGGAUGACCAGAGACUGCAGACACAGUACAGGGGAUGACCAGAGACUGCGGACACAGUACAGGGAUGACCAGAGACUGCGGACACAGUACAGGGAUGACCAGAGACUGCGGACACAGUACAGGAGAUGACCAGAGACUGCGGACAGUACAGGAGAUGACCAGAGACUGCAGACACAGUACAGGAGAUGACCAGAGACUGCGGACAGUACAGGGGAUGACCAGAGACUGCGGACAGUACAGGGAUGCCCAGAGACUGCAGACACAGUACAGGGAUGACCAGAGACUGCGGACAGUACAG